AUGGAGCGUGUAGGAUUAUUCUUCUGUAUCCUCACUGUUUUCCUUCCUUUCCUCUCCGCGCUGGACAGCCAUUUCAGUCCGCGGGACGAACUCCGUCAGCUGUACCCGCCGUUCUACACUCGUGGAAAUCACAGCUCUUCCGAGCUGCUCGCGUCAGCCCUUGGCAAGACCACAACGGGCGCCGAAGAGGCGGUCAGAUGGCUGACAUCCGGCAACGCAUCUUCCCCACUGGCGAUAGGCACCUUUGCGUCGUUCCUGCUGCACGCCCUGCACGCCUUGGCAGAGCCAGACAACGGUGACAGCGCCCGUCGAGUGCUGCGCGCCAUCGAUCUGAUGCGCUCCCGUCUGCCGCUUGAAGCGCUGCUGACUUCCGGCUGGCCAGUAUUCAGCAUGCUCAUGCAUUUCCGCUCCGUGGUUGAUGCGGCUGGCCUUGAGAGUGAUUCAGUGUGUGCGGCGGGCAGCUGGGACCUGUUGUCUGAGGGACUGGAGUCAAUCGACUCAGUUGCGCGACAUGAGGGCAUCUCUGUGUCUCUGGCAAAUCAUCUCACGGAGAUGGCAUCCAACAUAUCAGUUGUGUCCCAGGGACUCACCAUAGGUGAAAGGAGCGAAAUGGACACUGCUCACUUAAGAGAAAAUAAGCCAUAUUCAUUUCUCUUUGUAGGUAAGAUCAACGAGUGUCCUCCAGGGUCUAUGGCUGCAUUGACCUUGUGGCACUUGGUGGCCGCACUGAGGAGCGGUGUUCCUGACUUGCCCCGUAUUCUGCAAACCUAUGUUUCCAUUGCCGACGCACUGUGGCAAUUCAUGACGAUCGAACAACUCACAAGCACGCGUACAAAAGCCGACUCGCAUCUGCACAUACCGGCUGCGUUCGUCUUGUGUUGGUGCACGUGUUUUAGGCUGGCGGAUCUUAGAAUGGCUCCAGCUUUUGGCAACUCAGGCGCCGAAAAAACAACAGCAAGGCAAGCCAUAA